UUUCUUUAAGUAAAUAAUCUCUGGCUCAGAGCGACAAGAAACAGAUCGAGUUAUUCGUUUAAAGAGACUGUUUGACUACUUCUUAAACUAUUUCCCUCAACACGGCAAAGGCGAUUCGUUUUGAAAGACACCAGAGCAUCAUGUCUGCAGAUCUGGAUCUUUCUACUCCAGAGGUUCCUGAGCCCACGCUCUUUGAGAGUCUCUUGCAUUAUGGAUUAUUUUUAGGAGCCAUUUUUCAACUUGUCUGUAUAGUAGCAAUAAUCAUACCCACAUCCAAGAGCCAUGAACCUACAUCAGAACCAGCUGACACUCGCAGCGCCGAGCAGAACAGAAAGCCAAAGGGACCCGUUCAACAAAUCCGACAGAAAAUGAAAAAGGAGAGCAAGAAAAGGAGAUAGAAUAUAUACAUAGUCACCAAGUGUGUACGAUUUUGUGAGUGAAAGAAUAAAACUGAGAGACAAAGACUGAAGGUGCAACACUUACCUUGUUUACGGACCAGGUGUGUAACACACUAAUUCAAAAUAU